AUGGCCUCUGCUGUGCCCCACGAGGAGGAGGUUGCCCAGAGCUCCCUGGAAAAGGAGGAGGUUGCUGCAGUGCAGGAGAUGGCCAAUCUGAGCCUGGUGAGCUCUGCCUGUGAGGUGGUUUCUGCAGCUGAUCCCUCCAGCAAGGAGAGCCACCCCUGCCUGAGCUCUGUGUGUGAUGCUGCAGAGAAGGGAGCGCAGAAUGUGACCCAGGCCAUGGCCAGCUGUGUGCAGCCCCACGUCACUGCAGUGAGUGAAUAUGCUGCCAAGGGUUUGGAUGAACUGGGGGAGAAGAUGCCACUCCUUCCAAAGCCAGCGGAACAGAUUCUCUCUGGCACAAAGGAGCUGCUGUCAUCCAGAGGGGCUGAGGUGAAGGAGGCUGUGAGCAGCAGAGUGCUGGAUGUCACCAGGGACACCCUGCAGGGCAGCGAGGGGACAGCCACACCUGCAGUGACCGGUCUGGGGCCUGCAGUGGCACAGAUGGGUGUCCUUGGAGCAGGGGCUGUGCUGGGGACAGCAGAAGGUGGCUCUCUCCCCACUGGAAAUGAGGAGCUAGCCCAGCUGGCAGUGUGUGAGGAGGGCACGGCAGCUCUGCCCCUGGAGCAGCAGUGGCGGCACGGACGGUACUUUGUGUACCCGACCUCUCUCCCUGAGGAUCUGCGUCUCUUGGCACAGCUGCGCUCCACAGCCAGGAUCCAGCAGCUCUGGCAGGGCAUGCAGGGGGCCCUGGCACAGCUCCACGGCAUCAUCGAGCUGGUUGAGGCGUUCAAGCAAGAAUUUAAUCAAAAACUUCAGGAGGGGCAGGAGAAACUACACCAGAUGAGGCUGGACUGGAGUAGGAAGUAUCUCAAAGAGAGUGGAGCUGAAAGCCCUGCAGAGCCUGAGGAGAUGGAGCGUCUGACACUGCUGAUGGCCUGCAGGAUCAGCCAGCAGCUGCAGCUCUCCUGCUCGGGGGUGGUGGCUGCCGUGCAGGACCUUCCCUGCAGCCUGCAGGACAAGCUGCAGCAGGCUCUGCAUGCCAUCAGGGAGCUGCAUGCUGCUUUCUCAGAGGCACACUCCUUCCAGGACUUGUCCAGCAGUGUCCUGACCCAGAGCCAGAGGGAGCUGGCUGUGAUCCCGGAGUACAUGGAGGAGCUGCUGGAUUACCUGAAGAACAACACUCCUCUGUCCUGGCUAGUGGGACCCUUCUCCCCCAGGGAGGAGGAGGAGGAGGAUGAAUCCUCCCAGGAGGAGGAACAGGAUCAGUCCUCCCAGGAGGAGGAGGAGGCAGGGGCAGCAGGAGCUGGGCACCUGGAAACCUCCAGCAACCCCAUGUAA